GAGCAUCCUGGACUCUUCGUCGGCACUGAGUGCAAUCAUCAGCAUCAGCAUCAGCAGCAUCAUCUUCCUCCUACUUCUACUCCUCCUCAUCACCAGCACCACCGUCACCCGCAGCCCUCCGCAGAUAUGAUCAAGAAGAUGAGUCCGUCGGAGAGCGAGUUCGACAUCCCCACCAAGAACUGCUACCGCAUGGUGGUCCUGGGCUCCACCAAGGUGGGCAAGACGGCCAUCGUGUCUCGCUUCCUCAGCGGCCGCUUCGAGGAGCAGUACACGCCCACGAUCGAGGACUUCCACAGGAAGUUGUACUGCAUCCGCGGGGACGUGUACCAGCUGGACAUCCUGGACACGUCGGGCAACCAUCCGUUCCCCGCCAUGCGCAGGCUCUCCAUCCUCACAGGUGACGUAUUCAUCCUGGUCUUCAGCCUGGACAACCGGGACUCGUUCCGCGAGGUGCAGCGCCUCAAGCAGCAGAUCUUCGAGACCAAGUCGUGCCUCAAGAACAAGACCAAGGAGCACGCGGAGGUGCCGCUCGUGAUCUGCGGCAACAAGGGCGACCGCGAGCUGUGCCGCGAGGUGCGGCGCGAGGAGGUGGAGCAGCUGGUGUCGAGCGGCGAGCGCUGCGCGUACUUCGAGAUCUCGGCGAAGCGGAACACGAACGUGGACCUCAUGUUCCGCGCGCUCUUCACCAUGGCCAAGCUGCCCAACGAGAUGAGCCCGGACCUGCACCGCAAGGUGUCCGCGCAGCACUGCGACAUGCUGCCCCGCAAGUCCGUGCGCGGGCGCAAGGUGAAGGACGGGGACGCGGACGCGUGCGCCUACGGCAUGGUGGCCCCGUACGCGCGGCGCCCCAGCGUGCACAGCGACCUGCUGUACAUCAAGGAGAAGGCGGUCGGCGGCGCGCACGCCAAAGACAAGGAGCGGUGCGUGAUCAGCUAAGCCUGGCUGGGCGGAUGGAACUUGGCGAGAAAACGACAGGAGGAGGAAAAUUGGUGUUCUGCGGCCGUGCCGUGGGGCGCGUGGACUCGUCUCUCGGCGUGGACUCCCGGGGGGCUGAGCGCCGCCGGCCGGGAGCGCGCGGGGACCCACUGGCGGGACGGACGCCGCCGCCGCCGCCGCCGCCGCGCCUGGCUAGUUUCGCAGAAUCGAUGUCCUUCUUUUCAAAAUUGCGUGGACUCCGAGCAGUGGCCCGACCCGUGGCCGUGGCCUCUUCACCCGGCGAGCUUUAAUUUUCUGGUUUCGCUUCAUUUAAUUUUAUCUUUUAAUUUCCACGCAAGUGGGUGCAAAGCGCGCGCGUGUGAAGUGAGUCCUUUUUGCUCUGGAUGGACCAUGUGCGGAACAACGUUUACAUUUUGUCAAAUAUACAUAUAUAUAUAUAUGUACACAUGUAUAUACAUAAACAUAUAUAUUUAUAACAGAGACUUUGGCUUAAAUAUUUGUUUGCGACAUGAACAAAUGUGGUGGUGAAUGUAUAUUUAUU